UUGCCCAAUCUCUAAUAACAAUUAAAUACCCACUUCCCUUUCCAUCUUCACUGUCCCAGCAAAUCUAAAACCGGGGCAUUUCUCCGUCCACCCAUUCAUCAUCAUCAAUUUCCGAUUCAAGCCACAUACGAAAGAAAGCUUGCAGGCGCUGAAACGUGGAGCUCGUGGAGUUCGAACUUCGAACCAUGAAAUUGGAAGAAAGGACCAACUCAAGGUGAUGGCUGUCUACGUACUCUGUCCUUGCUGCCGUAACGAUUAUCUGGUCUUGUGAUCAAUGGUCAUGAUGAGAUAUACCGGUACAUCUAUCUUCUGCUUCGAGGUCAUUAUUAGUACUAUUGAUCCAAUAUCUAUCCAUCAGACGAACUGACUCAAUCGAUGUUUUGACAGCCUCGACCGGUUGUGCUCUCCGUACAAUAAAGCUUAAUUCUUGUGCUAAACGAGUCAGCCUCACUCUCAUCACACUCAAAUUCAAAUUCAUCAACUCAGUUUACGCAUCUCGAUUUGCCAUGAAUCAAGGCUUUAGUGUUCUGGAAAACAUAUACCUAUCAUAUGGGUUAAGGCCACAAGGUAGUACAUAUCAAAUGUGAGGGGAGACGAUUGUCUUGCUGGCCUGAGAUAUCCUUCACUCUGACUCAGAGCAGAACUCAGAUGUUAUCACAACUCUUUCCAGAUUGGGAAGAAUUCAAUCGGAUGUAUCAAUUGAUAGGACUUUGUGAAGAUGUUCUACUUCGCCUUGAUUUCAUGUUAGUAAUACAACAGCUUGAACGAUCUUCAUAACGUUGUCCUGCUGUUUCUAUUCUUAUAUAUUUACACGAGGCAUCAUAACGAUCCAA